AUGGGUCGCGUUAAACUGGAGAUUAAGAGAAUAGAAAACCAAACCAAUCGUCAGGUUACAUUCUCAAAACGUAGAAAUGGACUCAUCAAGAAGGCGUACGAGCUUUCGAUCCUCUGUGACAUUGAUAUUGCUCUCAUCAUGUUCUCCCCGUCCGGCCGCCUCAGUCAUUUCUCCGGCAAAAAGAGGAUCGAGGAUGUAUUUAGUCGUUUCAUUAAUCUCCCUGACCAAGAAAGAGAACACGCUCUAAUUUUCUCUGAUCAAGGCAGACAUGUAGAUAUCCAAAACAAAGAGUAUUUGCUGAGGACCUUACAGCAACUUAGAAGUGAAGAUGUUGCUCUUCAGCUUGCCAAUCCUGCAACUAUCAACACAGAUAUUGAGGAACUCCAACAAGAGAUUGGAAGAUUACAGCAGCAACUUCAUGUGGCAGAAGACCAGAUAAGGAUAUAUGAGCCUGACCCACUCAAAUGUACUUCUACUGGGGAGCUUGAAUCCUGCGAGAAAAAUCUUCUUGACACCUUGACACGUGUCAUGCAUAGAAAGGAAUAUCUGUUGAGCCAUCAUUUAUCUUAUGAUCCAUCUAGUAUACAGGAAAUACCGACGUCUUUUGAGAACGAAGUAGCGAGUUGGUUGCCAGAUCAUAGUGGUCACGCUCAGGCCCAAAUGUUUGAUGCCACGGCCCAUUUGAAUCCACUGAGGGAUCUUUCGUCGACACUUUAUGAUCCGCUAAUGCAAGGGCCCAGCACAAGCGCAGACCCAAAUAGCAUGGGAGAGUGCCACGUCACGAACCCCGACGACCCAAACUUUCCGACGUGGUCCCAACCAUAUGACUCCACAGAAUUACAUCCAGCUCAUCACUCCAUGGCACACGACGACUUGUACAGUCAACUUCAGCAUGGAAUGAUGGACCCCACAGAGAUGAUGCCACGUCAUGAGCAGGUGGAGAUUCGAGUAACAGGAACGACACAUGGAGAGGUUGAUAAUGAUCAAAUAGCUGGGAAUUAUGACACCAAAGUCCCUCAACUCAAUGGACAGUAA